AUGUGGUUACGAGUGAGCGAUGAAGAUUUACCUGAUCAGCAGCCACUUUGUGUACGCAAUGGUACGAUUUGCACAAAAAUUAAGUUGCUUCUCUUUCAAAUCGGCUGGUGGCGUCGUGAGGAGACUCGUUUAGCGCUUCUCACCACCGACGGGCAUCUCCUCGUUUACAAGUACCAUCUACACGUCGUCGGUGCCGGAGUUCCUUUUUGGGGAAAGCGGAUCGAUUUGAAUGCGGCGCGGCGAGUCGAGGUCUCUAUGGGGAAAAACGAUCGAAUUCACGCGCAUCUUGUUGACAAAAAUGGACGAUGGCUCACUUUCACAAUCGAGGGCGAGAACGCGAAAGUGUGGGCGGCCAAGUUAUUUCUCUUCACCGUGAACAGCGAGAAAUGUACGGACAAUCAUCCCACACACGACGCGUUUUGCUGUGAGCGAACGAAGAUGGAUCACCACGAAUCGCUCGCUUUCGUCACUAAGGGAAAUAUGGUAUUUAAACAAGAGCCGCUGAAGAAAAAAGAGCGAAAACGGAUGAAUGCUACGAGUGCCGAUCGAUCUAAUCCAAUCGAUGAAUCAAGCCGAUCCAAGAAACAA